AUGACAUCGCGAUAUCAACCAUUUGGUGUAGCGCUGGAACCUCGUAUCGAUUGGGCCGAAUCGGUCGAUGAACCGACCGAGCAGUCCUGCCUCAUUACAGCUAUUCUGGUCUUACUCUUCCCGCAGAGGAAGUUGGUCAGGAAGCACAAGCAGAAGAUCAGCUGGGAAAAGGCCAAGAAGAAGUUAGGAGACAACAUGCGUAAGCUGGGACCGGUCGAAGAAUCGGAUGAAGUUGUGGGUAAGACCAGUCGGGCAGAACACAAGUAA